AUGAAUCUAUUAACGACUACAACUACAGCUCAUGAUGCAAAAAUUAUGGCUGCAAUCAAAAUUUCACAAGUGCUUUUAGUUCAAUUUAUUCUUAAUUUGAUAUGUAUGGAAGAUUCAAAAUUGAAUCUGGAUGAAAAAGCCGAAUUAUGGAAUCGUAACGUGCUAUUGGUAAAUCUGCGAAAUUUAUUUGUCAAAAGUCUUGAUAUAGCAAGAUUAAAUUAUCCAUUGUUUAUUACUGUCGGAUACAAAGUAAAUGAAGCUACAAUAGCAUCAACUGCUGAUCAACAUAAGCUUCGAUUAUGA